AUGAAUCACAUCUGCAACUGGCGACUUUCAAUACGAAUCCUCACUUCGAUUGAAUGCCUCCGCACCUUCGCCGAACAGAGAUUGACCGAGCCACUGAGCGAGUUCCACAUCGCGCUGCACCCAUCCACCACCUUGGACAGAAGGGCAUCGCAUGGCUGGAAGUACAAGCAGCUAGAAUGUGUGACAUUUGUCACGACAUCCUCAUCGAUCGCGACAGCCAGAGCCCCCGCUACUACGGCUGCUCGAUUACCAACUGCACGCACGUAUUCCAUGGGCAUUGUCUUGACAGUUGGUACCGCGAUGAUCGAUACGCAAAUGGCUGUCCGUAUCGCUGCCAUGAUAGCGGGCGAGAUUGUCCGGCUGAUGAAUCUGACCAGACUGGCCUCGGAAGCGGCCAAGCGCAGGCCACAGAGCUUGAUGACCUCCUAG